AACUUUCGACGCCAUCUCAAGACAGACCACAGCUGUAAUCAACAACAACAAUAACACUGACCUUGACCUACUGAUGAACAUCACGCGCCAUCUUGUCCAGCUCACUGACCUAGUUCUGGAGUCUAACCACACGCCAGUGCCAGGAGACAUCCUGGGUGCCGCGAGCCUCCUACAAGACAUCACAGAGUCCCUGGACAAUGUGCCGGACAUCCAACUAGACAAGGCUUUAGACUUUAUGCAGGACUUUAUUGCAGUAGUGGACAACAUCGUGGAUCCAAAGACCGUGGACAUACUGGACAACGCCAGGACGGAUCUAGUAGAAAAUAUGGCCAGCAAGGUGAUACAAGCAACACAAAAUUUUGUGGUCAAGGUGCACCGGAAGUGUCCAGAUUUGGCACGACAGCUGUCCAGUCCGGCACCAUACAUGGAUGACAAGAUAAUUUAUUCCAGAACAGCGAGGAACUUAGAUAUUGUUAUCAGUGUCCCAUCUGACCGUGACGUCAUCCAGUCCACUAGCCUGUCCAGCAGCAUCGAGGUACCAAGAGAAAACCUCGUCACUUCCGGUGUGCUGUGUGUGUAUGUGGCCAGAUUUUUCAGCAUCAACAAAAUUUUCUCGCUCACUGAAACACGGGAUGAAAUAAAACCGAAAAACAAAAAUACCGUGGCGAGUGACGUCCUGACGUUCCAUGUUAUAGAAGGGGGCUCGCAGAAAAGAGAAUUCAGGAAACAUCAGGCUGGAGAUUCGUUUCAGAGACCAAUUGUCCUGACCUUCAGUCUUCCGGGGAAUUUGGACACUGACCACGAAGAGAGUUUGACUUACAUUUCUUACAUCGGCGCCACGCUGUCCAUCAUUGCAUGCCUCGUUUUGAUAGGGACCAUUAUUCAUUUCAGGUUAUAA